CGUAGUGGCGCGGUAAUGGGUGUGUUUCUCUUAAAAGGCAGCGAGCUAUUGGUUACACCGGAAUGGUAUGCUUCCGUUCAAGCAGAUAGGAGGGAUAUAUACAAGAAGGGACGGUACGUUGCUGUGUUUACUUCCCCCUUGUGGAAUCUUGCAUGGGGGGUGGGGGAGGAAUGCGAGAGGCCUGUUACCAUUUUGGGGUUUCAAUUAGUGCCAGUGGACGGGGGUUGCCCUUUGCCGCUCGGGGAGACAGUGAUAGGAAGAGGUUCAUUUUUGGGAGGAAGCGUUACAGAAAAAAAAGUUUCCAGGAAGCAUGCUAUUCUGAAAAUAGUUGGUGACCAGCUUAGCAUCAAACCGGUCCAUGUGAAUCCUUGUUUUUAUUGGCCUGUUGAAGAUGACCAACUAUUUCCAUUGGACAGAGAUAAGUGGCAUCAAUUGUGUUCAGGUGACAGUUUUUCUCUGUUGGUAGACAAAUACACCUUCAAGCUUCUUUGUACUCCACUGGAAAAGGAAAAUCUGCUAAGGGAAAAUGAUAAUUUCGGUGUAGAAGACCUUCCAGAUCAUCCCACAACUCUGCAGUCUACUAUAAGAUCUCACAAUCAGGUUUCAGAAAAAUCAACAAUCCCUUCUAGCAAAAAACAACUUCCAGAAGUACAUUCACUUAUGGAAAAAACAAACGAAAUUCCAGAGAAGUUUACUGUUCCUAAAAAAGAAGAGUUGAGGCCUGCUCAGCGAAAAAGACAGCUUCCAGAAUGGAUGGUGCCAGCAGAUCUAAUGGUUUCAACUCAGUCAACUUCAGCCUCUAAAAAUGGCAAUAAUGAAGAAGUAAAUCCAGGUAUAAGUAAAAAGCAGAAAAUUCUUGAAAGUGAAGAUUCUGCCCUUCUAAAAGAGGGGGUAUUUACUAAAGAUGUUGCGAAGAAGAUGCCAAAGAAUGGAAAUAAAAAAAUAUCUCAGAAAGCUGAAAGUUCAUUUGAGCAAUUUAACAAUCAGCUGGAUGAUGAAGAGCUGGACCUGGACCUCAAGUCAGAUGGACAAGCAUCUCAGCCUGCUCAAGUACAUUCAACAAAUACAAAAGAAAACAAUUUGGAGAAUAUUAACUCUAAACCCAGGCAGAUUUAUAAGGAGAAGCCAUCACAAUCAUUACUCGAUCAGGGUGAUAUUCAAGAGACUACUCUGAACCAGGCUGUUGGAAUAGAUACGUCCAAUAUAAUGGAAAGUCAAGAGAUGCAACAGAGUUCUCACAUAAACAAACCCCAGAGGACUGCUUGCCAGUAUGGGAAAAGCUGCUACAGGUAUGGAAACCCCAGUUUUAUCUUCUCUAACUCUUUCUCUUGCAGAAAAAAUCCACAGCACAAGUUGGAAUAUAAACACACAGCUCCUCCAGAAUCUGAAAGAAGGCAGACAAGAUCAAAAAUUACAAGAAAAGUAAGAAGUAUUCUUGCGAAUGAGAGUGAUGAUGAUGGUGAACCAAACGAAUACAACUUGAACGACAGUUUUAUAGAUGAUGACGAGGAGGAAGAGUGUGAUCCUACUGAUGAAGAUUCUGAUUGGGAACCAGAUUGUCAAGAUGAUGAUGAAGAUACGGACAUGCUUCUCAAAGAAGCACAUGAUUUUGUUAAAACCAAGAGCUAACUGCAUUCAAAUAUUUUGAUAGAGUUUAUAAAGCAUCAUGAAACAUGUAUCCCAUUAGGUAAUAAUGUCACUUUUUAAAUAGUGACUUACUUUAAUUUUACUUCAUAAAAUUGGAUUAUAUAUGUACAUUUUCAAAAUUUCAUGACUCCACAGCUUGUGAAAAUAUCUUACAUGUUAGGGAGUACACAAGAUUUCUGGAUUAAUAUCAUUUUUGUAGUGAUAGGCUUUGUGAUUUAAAAUUAUGAGUGCUUUCCUAAACUUUGUAUUAACACAUUUCAUUGCACAUAUGGAUAAAUAAUAACUCCAUAUUGGUAAUGCACUGAUUUGGAUUUAAUUUCUUUAUUCAGUCAGGCUGAUAAUAAAACUGUAAAUAGUAACUGCAUUUUUUUGUAAUAUGCUGUUUAACAUUACAAGUGGUAUUGUUUCUAUUUGAGAAGAAAGUAUAUAAAUUUAUUCUGAAAGACAAUUAUGUUCCCAAUCUCUCUUCAUUAUUUUAAUUUUUCUGAAGCAAUGUUUGAACUAUUACAUUCCGUUGGCUGAAGCUGAAACAAAUCCUAAUUUGAUCAACUCAACACUGCAACAUAAAAUGUCUGAAUUGCACUUUGAAUCUGUUGUAUGCAGAUAAUAAGUAUGAAUAUCUGAUGUUUCA